CCUUCCCACCACCACCACUAGUCCCUGCCCCAGGACGGGCAGGCCCUGGCCACGCCUAGGCUGCACCCGAUGGGAAGCGAGAAAGGGGAAGUAGUGCUCAGUGCCCUGCCGUCCAGCCCAGUCCCUCUCCAGCAGGAAGCCCAGCCCUUGAACUUGAGAGGGGGACUGCACCCGGCUUUACUCACCUGAGCCCUGGCCGCGGCUGGGGCCUCUGAAGAGCUGACAGCCCAGCUUCUUGUGGUCCAUGAAGGCAGUGAUGGCCUCCAACGGGAAGGUCUGCAGGCAGCGGCCGCAGCCAAGACAAUGCAAACUCCAGUGACCAUUCCUGUGCCUGUGCUCCGGCUGCCCCGGGGCCCUGAUGGCUUCAGCCGUGGCUUUGCCCCUGAUGGACGCAGAGCCCCCCUGAGGCCAGAGGUUCCUGAAAUCCAGGCGCGUCCCAUAGCUCAAGAAUCCCCGGAAUUCCAGGAGCAGCGGGCCCGAGCCGCCCUUCGGGAGCGUUACCUCCGCAGCCUGCUGGCCAUGGUGGGUCGUCAGGUGAGCUUCACGUUGCACGAGGGUGUGCGUGUGGCCGCCCACUUCGGAGCCACCGACCUGGAUGUGGCCAACUUCUACGUGUCACAGCUGCAAACUCCCAUAGGUGUGCAAGCAGAGGCGCUGCUCCGAUGCAGUGACAUUAUUUCAUAUACCUUCAAGCCAUAGAGACAUUGUGUUCACUUUUCUGCUUGAGGCUGAGCCACUGUAUCCCAGGCCUCCCAAUGUUCCCGAGCCAGGAACUCUGGGCCGCAUGGAGUUAUGAGCUCCCUUGGAAUUUUCAGCCAAGCUUUAAGCAAGUCUGGACUCCUGAGACCUCCUGGGUCUAGUCAGUAAAAUUCUGCAACUCUAGGAAUUCUAAGAUCCCACUGGAAGGAGUGCUCUACCUCACAGAACUCUGAACCCUACAGAAAGAUGGGCCUGCUGCCAUUUCUUGAAGACCAGGGCAUCGGGGUGGGGUGAUAAAGGAGACAACUUGCACAGGGGGACGUUAUUAAAGAGGCUGCAAAGUUCAGCCACCCUGAAGAUACUCCCCAGUGCUCCCCUCCUGCUAAAGAACCAGUUACCCCAGGAAAA